AUGAAGAGUCUGGUGUUUCUGCUGCUGGUGGCUGUGAGCAGUGCCAAAGUGUUUGAGCGCUGCGAAUGGGCCCGAGUGUUGAAGAGACAUGGGAUGGACGGAUUCCGAGGCAUCAGCCUGGCUGACUGGGUGUGCCUGACUCAGUGGGAGUCCCACUUCAACACCAAAGCCACCAACAGCAACAGCAACGGCUCCAAAGACUACGGCAUCUUCCAGAUCAACAGCCGCUUCUGGUGCAGGGACGGCUCAUUUUCACACAACGGCUGCAACAUCAGCUGCGACCAGCUUCUGACUGACGACGUUACCGCGGCGAUCAACUGUGCCAAGCGUGUGGUGAGCGAUCCUAAUGGCAUCAGAGCCUGGGUGGCCUGGAGAAACCGCUGUGCGGGCCGGGACCUGAGCUCCUAUGUGCGUGGAUGUCGUCUUUGA